AAGGUGCGUUAUUUCGAAUUCUUCAUUUGGCCAUGGCGGCGUGGAGGAUGCAGAGGCGAUUACUUUCUCUCUUCACAAGCACCACCCAACCUCACAUCUCCUUCCGUAACGAUUCCUCACAGCAGUUUCUUCCUUCUCUUAAUUCGUUCCUUCUUGGUGAACGAUUCUGCAAAAGACAAACCCGAACAUUUUCAGAAACCAGCAAUCUGACCCUCAAAAACAACACACAGCAUGAAGCUUCGAGUUCAAAAUCAAUGGAGAAGUCGGCCAAUGCUGAUGAUAUGUCUGCAACCAAGAACACAGAGGUGACGUUCAGUGCUAAAUCAGAAUUGAAGAUAUCUCCUCGGCAUGAUCUUGCAAUGAUGUUCACUUGCAAAGUGUGUGAAACGAGAUCAGUGAAGACCAUUUCUCGUGAAUCGUACGAGAAGGGUGUGGUGGUUGCUCGAUGUGGGGGGUGUGAUAACUACCACCUGAUUGCUGAUCAUCUAGGGAUAUUUGGUGAAAAAGGGAGCAUCGAAGACAUUUUGGCUGCUCGUGGUGAGGAAGUGAAGAGAGGGAAUUCUGAGACUUUGAAUCUUACACUUGAGGAUCUGGUUGGAAUGACAAAAUCAUGAAUAUGCCUUUUUUUUAGAUAGCAAUUUUGUAUGAAUGUUUUUUGUAUUGAAAACUAUCAAUUAUCGAUGUUGAUGUAGUAGAAACGUGAACAUUUAUUUUAUGAAAUUUAGAUAUAUUGGAACCAUAUCCCAUCGUGGACUCAAGAUCUUCGCCAAGUGGCUGCACUUUUGAAGGUGAAUCAAAGAUCUGUAAAGUUGUCCAAUGUGAUUUUAG